AUGUCCUCGCUGCUGAAGCCGUUCUCGGUGUGUGAGGGGCCCUGCGAGAGCUGCGGAUCCCGGAGAGGAUGCCCGAGUUCGGCUCCCCAUCACCAGCCUCCAUCGCAGCGUCUGUCCGCCGCUGCAGCCGCGGCGGGGCUGGGCUCUCUGCCGGCGCACCAGCGCUCGUACUCAGCGCGGAGGAACCUGGCAGCUGCAGCGAUCCGAGGGAGGAAAAUCACGCAUCCUGGAAAGGCCAUCCUUGCAGGUGGUAUUGCAGGAGGAAUAGAGAUCUGUAUCACCUUCCCCACAGAGUACGUGAAGACCCAGCUUCAGCUGGAUGAGAGAGCGAACCCACCGCGCUACAGAGGGAUCGGUGACUGUGUGAAGCUGACAGUGCAGGAUCACGGGCUCAGAGGGCUGUAUCGAGGUCUCAGCUCCCUGCUCUAUGGAUCAAUACCCAAAUCUGCAGUCAGGUUUGGCACGUUUGAGAUGCUCAGCAACCCGAUGCGAGACGCCACAGGUCGGCUAGACAACACGCGGAGCCUCGUGUGUGGUUUGGGAGCGGGGAUAGCAGAGGCCAUUUUGGUUGUCUGCCCCAUGGAGACGCUCAAGGUGAAGAUGAUCCACGACCAGUGUUCCCUCCGACCUCGCUACAGAGGCUUCUUUCACGGAGUCUGUGAGAUUGUCAGAGAACAGGGUGUGAGAGGGACAUAUCAAGGUCUGACAGCGACUGUACUGAAACAAGGAACCAACCAGGCCAUUAGAUUUUAUGUGAUGAAUGCGCUUCGCAAUUGGUACAAAGGCGACGACCCCAGACAAGAAAUGCACCCAAUCGUCACGGCGAUGUUCGGAGCAACAGCAGGAGCAGCCAGUGUUUUUGGAAACACACCUCUGGAUGUUGUUAAGACCAGGAUGCAGGGUUUGGAGGCCCAUCGCUACAAAAACACAGUGGAUUGUGCCUUCAAGAUUUUGAAGCAUGAAGGACCACAAGCGUUCUACAAAGGAACAGUUCCCAGGCUCGGUCGCGUGUGCAUGGACGUGGCCAUAGUCUUUGUCCUCUACGAGGAGGUGGUAAAACUCCUCAACAAUGUGUGGAAGACCCAGUAGACCGUCCUGACGGUGACAGAGGUCCAGGGGGAAGCACAGACCAGUGCCUCAUGCUACGCACAACCGAACACCUCUAUUCUAGUUCAUACUGGCUCUGCAUUGCUCUGAGCAGAGGACACGUCUCCAUAUUGACCAGUGUCCACACAGUUGCAUAAAAAAUUGGAUUUGCCGGACUUACUCCAAACACAGCAAUUAAAAAAAAAAAAAGAAAAAAAAAGAAAGAAAGAAAGAAAGUGACAGCUGCUAGUUAAAAAAAAAAAAAAAGCUCUAUCAUUUCUCGUCUUCCACUUUAGUGGUCGGAUUUGGAGGGGAAAG